AUGUCGAAAGCUUUCGACAGGGUUGAAUGGUCAUUUCUGCUUUCCAUCUUUCGGCAAUUGGGUUUUCAUAAUGAUUGGAUUAGUUUAAUAGAGCAGUGUAUUUCUACUUCAAAUAUUUCCAUUCUUAUCAAUGGCAGUCCUUCUUCAACUUUUUCUACGACUCGGGGUAUUCGUCAAGGAGACCCGUUGUCUCCUUUUUUAUUUCUUUUUGUCAUGGAAGCUUUUUCUAGACUUUUGCAGCUUAAUGUGGACUCUGGUUAUCUUUCAGGGAUUAGAAUUAAUCAUCACUACCCUUUAAUUAAUCAUCUGUUCUUCGCGGAUGAUUGUUUGUUAUUUUUUGAAGCUAAUUCUACUCAAAUGCAGCAGCUUCAACACUUGCUUCAUAUAUUUGGACAAGCUUCAGGUCAGGUGAUAAAUAUGCAGAAAUCAACCUUAUUUUUUGGCAAGCACACUUCUAAUGCUCAUAAGUCUAAUAUCACUGGUAUUAUUGGUAUGAAAGUUAUGGGACUUGGCGAAAAAUACUUGGGUAUACCUCUUCUGCUGCAUAGAUCCAGACAUAAGAACUGUCAGGGUGUUAUUGAUAACAUGAAUAAUAGAAUGCAGGGCUGGCAGAGCAAAAUUGUGAAUCAAGCAGGAAAAACUACUCAGGUUAAUUCUGUUCUAAGCUCUAUGGCUUGGCAAUUGUUACAUAACCAAGAUGCUUUAUGGGCGAAGUUGUUGAAAGGUAAACAUUUUCCUCAUCAUGACCUGCGUUUCUUCCCUCCACCGGUUAACUUAAAUUCAAGUUGGAUUUGGCAAAGUAUCUCUAUUGGGCUCGAGAUUGUGUUGAAAAAUGUUAAAUGGCAAGUUGGUAAUGGAGCUCAUAUCAACAUCUGGACUUCUAACUGGAUUCCUUCUCUGAAUUCUGCUUUACAGGACUGGGGUGAUUUGAAUAUUUCUAACUACCAGUUGGUUUCUGAUCUUAUAGAUACUGAUACUGAACAGUGGAAUGUGUCGCUUCUUCACCUUCUCUUUACAGCUGAUCAGGUGAACUCCAUUUUAACCAUUCCCAUUCAGUUAGAUCAAGAGGAUAAAUUAAUCUGGCCCUUUACAACCACUGUUGAAAGUACCUUACAAGUUUCAGAUUUCCUGUGGAGAGCUAUUCACAAUGAUGUUCCAGUCAAAGCAAGAAUUUUCACCCAUGUGCAUAAUGCUGAUUUACACUGUCACUCUUCUCUCUUAUCUUGGAUUCAGACUUGGCAACUCAAAGACUCCAUCAUCAACAUCCAGAAGUCCCCUGAGAUUGUUCACUUAGCUAUGUGCAUCAUGCAUUUCAUAUGGAAGCUUCGAUGUAGUGUUGUUUUUAAAAAUACCACUCCCAACCAUAACACUGUAGUCCAUCAGGUCACUUCAUACAUUUUCCAGCAUCAUCUAGGAAAUAAUCCUGCUAACUCCAAUCAUCCUAAUGUUCAUAAUAAGCUUUUACAUCAUAAAUGGGAACCUCCUCCUUUGCAGUACCUAAAAAUUAAUAUCGAUGCUUCUUAUAAUUCUAGUUCUUUGUUAGCUGGUAUGGGAAUUAUAAUUCGGAACUCUACAGGGGCAUAUGUCAUGGGAAGGGGAGCCUUGAGAAGAGCUAGUAAUGCUCAACAGGCCGAAGCAUGGGCAAUGUUGGAGGCUAUGCAGCUGGCAGAUUCAAAUGGUUGGUCUCAUGUGAUUUUUGAAUCUGAUAAUCUGGGAAUUUUCUCUUUUCUUCAACAACAAUCUUCUCUUUGUCACUGGCAGAGUAUGCCUCUUCUACGAAAAUGUGUAAACAUAUGUAAUAUUAAUCCUGGUUGGUCUUGUAGUUUUGUGUAUAGAGGCAACAUGAAAAGUCAAACAGGAAGUAGUGUUGGUGAUCACUGUGUUCCUGUAAAGAAGACUAAAGUUACCGUUUCGAAAUCCCCGUGUAUGCCGCCUCCUAAAGCUGCCGUUUCGAAGGCUGCAAAGAAGAGUAAAGUUGUAAACUCAGAGAUUGAAAUGGGUUUAAGAGAAAUUGAAGCAACAUCUGAGGUUGGUAAUGGUUGUUUGAUUAAAGCUUGUACUGAGAAGGAGCUUCUGAACUGGGCUACAGUUGCAGAGGAGAGUAGUGGGUUACUAAUGAAGCUUAUGUGGAUUGCUUGUCGGCUCGCUAUUACAGAAGCAAUAGCUCAUGAACUGGUUAAGGAAAUGGAAUGA